GUGUUUCACCACCGAGCAGUUCACUCUGCCUUCUUCUCUUCUCAUCCUCAGCAUCAUAGAUCCAAAAGGACCAUGUCUCGCCAAACAACUUUUAAAAAAACCUUCAGCACUGCUUCUGAAGUUCCAUCAAGGCCAAACCAAAGUGGCUUUAGCUCAGUCUCUGUCUCUCGUAGUGGUGGUGGUGGCCGGGUAAGCUCUGGUGGCUUUGGCAGCAGAAGUCUUUGUGGCUUAGGAGUAAACAAAAGAAUUUCAUUUGGCUCUCAGUCCCGCCAUGGAUAUGGGUCUGGGUUUGGAGCUGGUAGUGGAGCAGGCUUUGGUAUAAGUUAUGGAUAUGGUGCUGGGCAAGGAUAUGGUGCUGGGCAAGGAUAUGGUGUUGGGCAAGGAUUCGGUGCUGGGCAAGGAUUUGGUGCUGGGCAAGGAUUUGGAGGUGGACCAGGAUUUCCAGUGUGCCCACCUGGAGGAAUCCGAGAAGUCACAAUAAAUCAAGGCCUUUUAACUCCUCUCAAUUUGCAAAUUGACCCAAGUAUUCAAAGAGUGCGCACAGAAGAAAAAGAACAGAUGAAGACUCUCAACAACAAAUUUGCAUCCUUCAUCGACAAGGUACGUUUCCUAGAGCAACAGAACAAGGUUUUGGAGACUAAAUGGAACCUCCUGCAAGAACAGGGAGUCAAAACAGUUAGAAGUAACAUUGAGCCCAUGUUUGAAGCCUACUGUAAUCAACUCCGGAGACAGUUAGAAUCUAUAAUAGCUGAGAAGUCUCGUUUGGAAGCAGAGUUAAGAAGCAAUCAAGAUGCUGUAGAGGAUUCCAAGGCAAAAUAUGAAGAUGAAAUUAACAAGAGAACAGCAGCAGAGAACGAAUUUGUGGUGCUUAAAAAGGAUGUGGAUGCUGCCUACAUGAACAAAGUAGAGCUGGAAACUAGGGUGAUUUCUCUGAAUGAUGAGAUCAACUUCUUGAGGGCCCUGUAUGAAGCGGAAAUUGCCCAGAUGCAGGCACAAAUCUCAGACACAUCCGUGGUUUUAUCUAUGGACAAUAACAGAUCUUUGGACCUUGAUACCAUCAUCACAGAGGUCAAGGCUCAGUAUGAAGACAUUGCCAACAGAAGCCGACAGGAAGCCGAGUCUUGGUACCAAACUAAGUAUGAAGAGCUCCAAAUGUCUGCUGGAAGACAUGGUGAUGAUCUGAGAAGCACAAAAACUGAAAUUGCAGAGCUAAACCGUAUGAUUAACAGACUGCGUUCUGAGAUUGACAACGUGAAGAAACAAUGUGCCAAGCUGCAGACUGCUAUUGCUGAUGCAGAGCAGAGAGGAGAGCUUGCAGUGACAGAUGCCAAGAAGAAGCUUGCCGAGCUGGAGGCUGCUCUACAGAAGGCCAAGCAGGACAUGGCUCUCCAACUGCGUGAAUACCAGGAGCUGAUGAAUGCCAAACUGUCUCUAGAUAUGGAGAUUGCCACUUACAGGAAACUGCUGGAAGGAGAGGAGUGCAGGUUGACUGGAGAAGGUGUAGGACCUGUAAAUAUCUCUGUUGUAAGUUCAUCCUAUGGAGGUAGCAGUGGAGUUGGUCAAGGCUAUGGCAUUGGAGGUGGAGUUGGUCAAGGCUAUGGCAUUGGAGGUGGAAUUGGUCAAGGCUAUGGCAUUGGAGGUGGAGUUGGUCAAGGCUAUGGCAUCGGAGGUGGAUUUGGCUCAGGCAGUGGAAGCGGAUAUGGUGGAGGUAUCGGUGGAGGAAGUUUCACUUCCAGCAGUGGAAAAAUGGGAAAUUUUGGCUCCGGAGGUGGCAGCGGCUCAAGUGUAAAAAUUGUUUCAAAAACCUCCACAAGUUCCCGGAGGUAUUAAUACUGCCUCCCAAUUACUAAAUUGUCCUAUGGCCAUAAAAAUUUUUGAAUCCAUUGUACAUUAUUAGAGUGUUUUAACCAGUAGGGUUUAAAUAUCUUGGCUCAGUUUUUGUCCCAAGUAUGACUUUAUGAUCCUCACUUGGUCUAUUUUAGUUCUGUACAGCAUCAAAACCCAAAAUUUAGGCUACUGUUCAUCCACAACCUUUAUGAGCCAUACUGUACUUCAUUUGGAAACAAAAUCAGCAGAAAAAAAUGGCCAUUCAUGUUCACUUCUCAGUUACUUUUUGUCC